CCCCAUUCCCCCAUCCUUCAUUCAUUCCGCCCUCCAUUUCUAUUAGUAUUCAUCAUUCCAUCACUCCUCCACCACCGGAGCUUUCUUUCUUUCUUUCUUUCUUUGAAAGGAAGAAAAGAAAGCUCCUUUCCUUCUUCUCUCGAAGUUUUUUUCCUCAUAGAAUUAGAAAGAGAGACAGAGAGAAAUGGGAGGAGGAGAGAUGGAGGGGAGGAAGAGGUUUGCCGUGCUGCUGUGCGCGGAGGACUCGGAGUACGUGAAGAAGGUUUAUGGGGGGUAUUUCAAGGUGUUCGUGGGGUUGUUGGGGGAGGAAGGGGAGAGAUGGGAUGUCUACCGGGCGGCGCGCGGGGAGCUGCCGGCCGAGAAGGAUGUGGACGCUUACGACGGCUUCGUCAUCACCGGCAGCUGCAACGAUGCGCAUGGCGACGAUGUGUGGAUCAAAGAACUCGUCAAACUUCUCAAAAUCAUCGAUUCCAAGCGCAAGAAGGUCCUCGGAAUUUGCUUCGGCCAUCAGUUAAAUUUGCACAGAUUUUGACCCGAGCGUUGGGCGGGAAGACUGGCCGAGCCAAAGGAUGGGAUAUAGGAGUCACCUGCAUCCACCCCUCGCAUUCUGCUCUUAAGCUUCUCUCUUCUCUUCACAUCCCCUCUCAUCUUCCGGUGAUCGAGUGUCAUCGGGACGAGGUCUGGGAGCUGCCUCCCCAUGCAGAGGUGAUAGCUUGGUCUGAGAAGACUGGCAUCGAGAUGUUCAGGUAUGGAGACCACAUCAUGGGCAUCCAAGGCCACCCUGAAUACACCAAGGACAUUCUCCUGCACCUCAUCGAUCGCCUCCUCCAACGUAACCUCAUUCAGACUCGUCAUGCUGAAGCAGCAAAGGCAAGCUUAGAUGCUCGGGAACCAGAUCGAGAGGCAUGGAAAAAGUUGUGCAAAAGCUUUCUCAAGGGGAAACUCUGAUUGUAGCCGGAACAUGUCGCACUGAAAACUAGAUUAUGAUUCUGAUGGGAACCCAGCUUUUGUAUAUAAACAUGUUACUCAAAAUGUCAAACAAAGGUAGUUGGAUUAAUCUCCUUUACAACUUGCUACUGUUCAGGAAAUUUAUGGGUGGAAGUUUAGAUAGGAGGGGUUUUUCAGGUCUGCCACACCUUAUGUAACUCUUUUACUUCGUUGAAUGAUUUAAUCAAGGAAUUUACUUCACAAAAAUUGCA